AUGUGGGGUACAUCGCAACAGAUCCCGAUCCCGGGGCCCCAGAAGAUCCUCAAAACACUAGGUUCUCUUUGGCUCUCCUCGACGGUGGAUGAAAGACCUCCAGGAAUCUCGCGAUCUUGCCCUCGGUCAGAAGUCAGCUGCCAAGCUAAAUUCGAUGGGCAAGAUACCUGUUGCUUCAACUAUCCGGGCGGCCAGAUGCUGCAGACGCAGUUCUGGGACGCCGACCCCGCAGUCGGUCCCGACGAUUCUUGGACUAUUCACGGGCUUUGGCCUGAUCAUUGCGACGGCGGAUUCGACCAAUUCUGCGAUUCCAGGCGGAAGUACAGCAACAUCUCCUUGAUCUUGGUUGACUCUGGCCGUGGAGACCUGCUUGACUACAUGAGCGAAUACUGGAAGGACUUCCGUGGCGACGACUCUAACCUGUGGCAACAUGAGUGGAAUAAACACGGUACCUGUGUCAGCACCCUCGAGCCGCACUGCUACGAGGACUAUCUCCCACAACAAGAAGUAGUAGACUACUUCGAUAAAGCGGUAGAGAUUUACGAGCAGAGGCCUUCACACAAGUUUCUGGCUGAUGCUGGUAUUGUGCCAUCAAACCGCCAAACUUAUGCUCUUGAGGAUAUUGAAGAAGCGCUGGAGCGUGGACAUGGUGCACCGGUCACCGUUCACUGUCGUCGCGGCGUUUUCAACGAGAUCUGGUACCAUUUCAAUAUUGCCGGUAGUCUGCAGGCUGGAAAGUUCAUUGCUGCGGAUCCUGAUGGUCAGAAAUCAAAUUGCCCCGCUCAGGGUAUCCACUAUCCGCUCAAGCGGCCCCAGAAGGAUCCAUCCAAGACCACCACCACCCAUGGAUCGGAGCCGACGGACCCAGGCACUCCGUUUACUGGCAGAGGAAACUUGUUAGUAUCAACCCUUAACCAGAGACGGGGCUGCAUCAUCAGUUUCGGAACGUGGUAUCAGUCUGGGAGUUGUGCAACUUUCCGGGCGGAGAAGACAUCAGAUGACACAUUCACCCUGAAAUCAAGCAAGGGACUGUGCUCCUUUGACCAGGGUAAACUUAGCUGUGGAAGUCAUGUCCAUACCCCCAGUGACUUUACGACCAAGGAUGGCAAGCUUUCUUAUGAAGGCAAAACAACAUUCUAUGCCGACAAUGCGCCCAAAGGGUGGACGCAAAGCACCGUUUACUCCAAUGCGGAAGGGCACCCGGUUGAAAUUGAGAUUGUGUGGAAGGCAUAG